AUGAGAAGACAAGCGACGUUAUGCUCGAGAAAUUGCAGAACAGUUUCGCUCGCCGGCACGGGGGUUUUAUUGCUAAUAACUGGAGUUGUCGUCAAAAGUCUUAGUAAUAAAGGAAGAUACAGAGCCAGUGACGAUUCAAAAAUUUUCAACAUCAGCACUUCUACAUUUGGAACUGGAAUUUUGAGUAUCGGCGUCGUUUUCUUCGCAGCGGGAGUUUUGUAUCACUGCUUGUGUCAGGUCCAGGACUCAAUCGAGCGAAACAACCACGACGUUGUGGUGGCCGAAAGGAGCGCGACGAGCCUGAUUCGAACCCAAGUUACUGAAGUCGAAGCUUGA